AUGGUGGGUAGGGAAAAGAAAAAGGCUUUCAACCGUAUUAAAGACCAGAUAAGCAAGAAAAUAGCAGGGUGGAAGGGGAAGCUUUUGUCUAAUGCCGGUAGAGAAGUCCUAAUAAAGGCGGUUGCACAAGCUACUCCUACCUACACCAUGAAUUGCUUCAAGCUGCCUGAUUCUUUAUGCUCGGAAAUAAACUCUUUGGUUGGGAGUUUCUGGUGGGGAAAGAAAGAAAAGGCUCGGAAGAUUGCUUGGGUUUCGUGGGAAAACCUGUGCAAAUCAAAGAAGGAGGGCGGCAUGGGUUUUCGUGACUUGAAAGCCUUCAAUCUUGCACUCCUAGCUAAACAAGGGUGGAGAAUUCAGCAAAGUCUUGGCUCCCUUCUCCACAGAGUGCUUAAAGCGAAGUAUUUUGUAAAUUCCUCUUUUUUGGAUGCCCAGGUGGGGAAAAGACCCUCCUAUAUUUAG